AUGAUGAAACUCCUCACCCUCCUUAUCGCCGGCGCUGCUCUGCCGCUCACCUCUGCCGCUCCCACGUCGACGGCCAUCGUCAAGGACGCCUCCUCUGCCGAUACGGAUGCCUCGGUGGCCGCCACCCUCGCCCGGAGCAGCAAAGACAUCUACCCAGCCAAGUGUCCGGAAAACGUCAACGGCUUCAACUACACCUACCCCUCGACACUAUGGUUCUACAACCUGACGUCGACCGUCCCGGGGUCGAGUGAGGUGCUGGAGAUGGCCUUCAUGGACCUUCUCCCUCCCAACUACAACCCUCGCAACAGCGCCGCCAACAACAAGGAGCCGCAAACCAUCCUUCUCCUGCACGGCAAGAACUUUUGCGGUCCCACCUGGUACGCGGCCGCGACGCCCUUGCAAAAAGCCGGCUACCGCGUCAUCCUGCCCGAGCAGCUGGGCUUCUGUAAGUCGACCAAGCCGACGCAGUACAGCUUCAACUUGACGUCCUUGGCGACCAACACACGCAACCUGGUCAAGGCGCUCGGGAUCACCAAACCACCUAUCGUCAUCGGCCACUCCCUCGGCGGCAUGCUCGCAUCGCGCUAUGCGCUGACGUACCCGGAGUUUACCAAGUCGUUGAUGCUGGUGAGCCCUAUCGGCUUGGAGGACUGGAAGCAGCUGGGCGUGCCUGACCGCUCGUUUGACCUGUUGACGGGGGAUGAGAAGUCGACGACGUAUGCGUCGCUGAGGGGGUACGAGCAGGCGACGUACUACCCGGGCGCCGAGUGGACCGAGGACUUUGACAAGUGGGUGGUGAUGCUGACCAAGGUGUAUGAGGGCGACCAGAAGGAAAAGUUCUGGGCGGACCAGGCUCAUGUGGUGGAGAUGGUGCUGGGACAGCCGACCAUUCACGACUACAACAAGAUCAAGCCCAAGACGUUGUUGGUGGUUGGCGAGAAGGAUAACACUGCUAUUGGCAAGGUGUGGUCGCCGCCCGAGGUGCAGGCGAAGCUGGGUCACUAUGCUGUCUUGGGACGCCAGGCGAAGGCGGCGAUUCCUGAUGCUACCCUUGUGUCGUUCCCGUAUCUUGGGCAUGCUCCUCAGAUUCAGGAACCCGAGAUGUUCAACCGCCUGCUGGCGAGCUGGGUGCAAACCGGCGGCCGCACCCUGGAAUCGCUCAAGCUGAAUGCCACCAUUGUUAGGUAG